AUGUUUCCAUCAUUAAAGUCAUCGCAAAUAGGGGGUUUGCAUUGUUUAAGAACCCGUCUACGCUUUACGUUUUCGGGCAAGGGCACUAAGCUUUACUCACAGGCUUCCACUCACAAGAAAGCGACAUUUGAGUCAAACACUUUGGUUUACAAUUUAAGCAAUUACCAAAGUAGCUUUCCGCAGGACAAGGCAUUAAACAAAGACAUAACAACUCUCAAACAAUUACUACAAAACAGGCAUGAACCGCAAGUAUUCAAGGUAGCUGUCUUGUAUGAAUCAGCGAAGGUGCGUCGAAAUUCCAAAAUCGUGGAAGUUUUGUUAGCUGAUCCAUUGGCGUCCAACAAUCAAGUAUGGUUCGAGAGAAUAAGAAAAAGACAUGGGUUGGCGAGGUUCUUCUUUGGAGAGUAUGCAAAGGACCUAGUAGAUGAAGAUGAUUUGGAGUACCGAAUACCGUCGCCAAUCCUCAGUGGUCUAUACAGAAAUACAUUCAAAAGGGAAGCUCCUGACGUUGCAAAUGACUUGAUUAUAGAGGAGUAUGAAAAUGCCGCGCAGUUGGAAAAAGCCGUUGACGAGUGCACAUAUGUCGUCUAUGUUACUCCUCAAUUUAAUUAUGUCACGACAAGUUUGCCUUCGUCAAUAAAAGAUAGACUUCUUUUACAAGUUAUUGACAAUACCGAAUACUCACCAGUAAGUACCGAACUGUCACCACUUUCAAUCGAGGACGGAAUACAGACACAUCUAAUUAAAAUUAACAGCAAUCUUGCAUACAAUGGUAUUGUCCAGUUCAUACAAAGGGAUGUUCAUGCCGCUGACGAAUACAUAGAGAGCAUGACUAAAAGCAACGUCUACGAACUAUUCAAAUUUGUUGAUCACUUUCUGAGGACAGACAACUUAACCUCCUGGUAUUUGGCAAAGAUCAUUCAAACCAUUCUGAGCAAAAUCAAAAGGGCAAAUACCGUUAUAAGCGAGGGUUCAGACGUGGUCAAAUCCGAGAUUGAAAAUUUUGGACAAAUGGUGAACUCGGAACUCCAAUACGAAUUUAUUCCAGAAACCACCAACUAUGUUCAAAAAAAAUUGUCUUGGUGGAAAUUAUACUACAAGAAUGACAAUGUUGAGUACGACUUGAAAGAUUUCCUCAACAAUCAAUUCAUGAAUAAGGCAAUUGAAAACUACAACUUUCUUCGAGGAAAGAUUCUCUCAACUGAUGAAGUAGUGGAAAACCCACUCUUAGAGUUAAAAAAUGAAGUCAUCAACAGGCGAGUUAGUCUGGAAGUACAGCCUGAGGUGUAUUCGGUUCUAUCUAAAGCAUUCGUUUACUAUCAAUUGCCCAUAUCAGUCAUCGCUGCAUUGUCUUACCAGUUUUUCGAUUUCAGCGGGAAUGCAUGCAUAGCAUUGUGCAGUUUGGGAUGGAUUUUGGGAUUCAAUCAGGUGUCAAGAGACUGGAUUAAUUUCAUGAACAAGUGGAUGAACCAGUUAUUCGAAGAAGUGAGAGUCACUGUGGGAAGCAAAUGUAUCGACAAUGGACUCAUGAAAGAAUCGAAUGAACAAGUGAUUAGAAUUGAGAAUGAAAACAGUAUUCGUCAAAAGAUUCUACGUGACAUAGAAAGAAAGUUACCUGCUGGAAUAAAUAAACUCUAA